AUGAUUUUAAUCGAUGGAUCACAUUUUCGUGGUGGUAUUAUUUCAUGGCGUCCCUUAAACAGCAUACCAACGGGUAGCACUGCACAAAUUCUUAUACAUCAAAGGUAUUUUUGGAAUCGACAAUGGGUCUCUUUUCCUAACCCGAAUUGCACGGAAGCGACUGUCACUGCUCAAACACCUAUUCCAGUCAAUUCUUAUAUGACCUGUUUAGGAAACUGCUCAAGUUCUAACUAUUCUUCAACUGGACUUGCAACCAUUAUGACAAGUACAGAUUGUGAUGCGAACCCGAUCAUUGAAACAUGGGCUGGCGAACGCUAUGAUACUUUAGCACUGCCUUUGAUAACAUCGAUUACAAUUGGCUUUCCCUCUAGUGGGUGGCUAAACACACUCUAUAUUGGUGCUGCGUCUCCAUGGUCAAUUGUUAGUCGAGUUGAUUUAGGCUUGAGACCUGAUGGUUUAAUUAAUUCCAGUCCUGUUACAAAUACAUUACCAGUAGUAUUUUGCCAAAGGGCUGUAACAGUAGUUCAUACUGUACAAAUGGCAGAUAAUGAUGCUACUGAUAUAUUGCAAUGUCGUUGGUCCAAUUCAAAUUCGACAUAUAAUUACAAUCAUUAUGAUGAAUGUGGAGGUAUCUGCAGUGGAUUACCUUCUGGAACUACCCUCACCGGAUCCAAUUGCACAUUAAGUUUCAUUUUACCAAUUGCUAAUCUUUAUUAUGCUUGUGCACUACAAAUCGAAGAUUAUUAUAAUUCUACUUCCACGAGUCCAAUGAGUUCAGUUCCAGUCCAAUUCUUAUUCUAUGCAUACAAUACUUCCGCUAGUGCAUGUGCACAACGUCCUUCAAUUAUUGGUGCCCGUCCCAAUACAGCUUGCAUUGGAGCUCCAAUUGGUAUUCAGCUCAAUGAAACUGUAAUUGUACAAACAUAUUGUCCUGGACAAACAAUUGUUGAUAUUGUCACUAGUUCACCUAUUGGAAUGACACAUAGUGCCAUUAGUAAUUCAAGUUCUGAUAUAUGGACAAUGAUAUUGACAUGGACACCGACAGCAACACAAUCUGGUCCUCAAGGCUUUUGUGCUGGAGCAAUUGAUAAUAGUGGUCUCCAAUCAGACCCAUAUUGUAUCACAUUCUUAGUUAAUAUUAGUGCAAUUAGUCUCAUUCAAAGCUCAGCUACACCAGCCGGUAAUAUUCUUCAAAAUCAAACCGUCUUUCUAAUUCAAGCUGAUGCAUCCAUUUUUACGCCAAUCCGUAAUAGUACAUAUAUUUACUUCAAUGACGCUACGACUAACGCAGUUGUUCAAAGUUUUGAUUGUGGUUGGGCACCUGAAGUAACAUACACAGGUUCUUCAGUCAUCAUUCAAUUUCCAGUUGCACCAUGGACUCCUGGACAUUCCUAUUAUGUUACAUUCGAUAGUGGUGUAGCAAGUGGAAGUACAUAUUGUCAUGUUGAAUCUGCACCAGUGAGUAGUCCAACAUUCUGGACAUUCAGCGUUUUGCCUUUAACGACAACAACAACUACAACUACAACUACAACUACAACCACAAUUAGUCAAACUACAGAACUACCUGAUUACUCAUGCAGUGAAAAUGAUGUUUCUAUUCAGUUUGCAUUAUUGUCAUCAUCUCAUACUGCUUGGAAUCAAUCAUCAAGUUGUUCUUUACAACAAUGUAAUGCAAGUUUGAUUGAUAACAAUAAUUGUCUUUCAUCAUCAACACCUUGUUUUGAUUAUCGAACAAUAAAUAAUAUUAGUUAUUGUGCACCUGCUAUUUUAUGUUCAAUAUUAGAAACAUGUGAUAAUAUUACACAAACAUGUUCAUCAAAUGAUUCAGUAUGCGUUAUUAAUUCAUGUUGUUCACCACAAACAGUAUGUUUACCAUUGUUAGCAACACAAAUGUGUAAAACAGGAUGGUUCUAUACUAGCAGUAUGAGUGUUGCACGAUCUGGUCACACAGCAUCUAUAUUAUCAAAUGGAAAAGUAUUAGUUACUGGUGGAUAUGGUAAUGGUUAUUUAAAUAGUGCUGAAUUGUAUGAUCCAUCAACAGGUACUUGGACAACUACUGGUAACAUGACUGAUGCACGAUAUACUCAUACAGCAUCUGUAUUAUUAAAUGGAAAAGUAUUAGUUGCUGGUGGGGCUGAUAUAAAUGGUAGUUUAAAUAGUGCUGAAUUGUAUGAUCCAUCGUCAGGUACUUGGACAACUACUGGUAACAUGAAUAAUGGACGAAAGGGCCACACAGCAUCGGUAUUAUCCAAUGGGAAAGUAUUAGUUACUGGUGGAUGGAAUUUUGUAAGUUCAUUCAAUAGUACUGAAUUAUAUGAUCCAUCGUCAAGUACUUGGACAACUACUGGUAAUAUGAAUAAUGCACGACAUGCUCACACAGCAUCUGUAUUAUCAAAUGGACUAGUAUUACUUGCUGGUGGGGCUGAUAAUAGUGGUAGUUUAAAUAUUGCAGAGUUAUAUUAA